AUGGUUCAUAAAACUGAAAAAGAAUACAAUGAAUUAUGUGUGAAACCAGGAAAAGAAAAUCCACCAAUGUUUGAGAGAAAACAAACUCAGUAUAAAGAUCUUUCGGAAAAGUUCGUAAGCACGCCAAGUGAUUAUUCAAAACAAUUUGCACACAUAUACGCUGCCAGACUUGCUGAAUUAAGGGAUAUUUUAAUUCCACGCGUUCAAGCUAAAUGGAUAAAUGUUCCCAUUGUGAAAUUGGCUGACUUAGAAAAUUUAGAUGGUCAACAAUGUGUAAUAAUUGGUACGUUGUACAAACAUCAACAAUGGAAACCAUCAAUUUUACGGGAACUUAAUGAAGAUCAUCAACUUUCUGUUCCUUGUGUUAAAUCGGAUUAUUGUUCAGAAAAAGAUCAACCAUUUUUAGAAGAUGAAAUGUUACGCAUUAAGUUAGAAGGAGAGCAAGUUGAUUUAAAGCAUAUUGUCACUGGAAUUGUUUGUGCUGUGUUAGGCAAUGAAAACAGUGCUGGCAGUUUCAUAGUAAAAGGUUGGUGUUUUCCAGGAUGUGCACCAAAAGAAUCUUUAAAAAAAUAUACAUCACAAGAAAAAGUAGUAAUAGUUUCUGGGUUAGAUUUAUCCAACAAUUAUGAGAAUUUAGAAACAUCCCUUUUUGUAGAAUGGUUAUGUGGACUGGCUGGUAAUACAAAAAUACAAAAGGAUGGCACCUCUAUUGUUCGUCUCAUUAUAGCAGGUAAUACUAUAAGAAGUACUGACAUAUCAAACUCAAAAACAGACACAGAUAAAGGAAUUGGAGAAGCAAUAAAGACAGCAGAUACAUUUUUAAGUAAUUUGGCAAAGUGUUGUUAUAUUACCUUAAUGCCAGGACAACAUGAUCCCACUAAUGCUAUGUUACCUCAAAAACCAUUUCAUCCUUGUCUACUACCUAAAUCAUCUAGACUUGAAAGUUUGAAAAGUACCACAAAUCCAUGGAUUGGAAAAAUUGAUGAACGAGUAAUAAUUGGUACUAGUGGUCAAUCAAUUGAAGAUAUUAUUAAAGCAACAGGUGAAACUGCUAUUUCACCAAUUGAGUGGUUAGAAAAAACCUUACAUUGGAGGCAUGUAUGUCCAACUGCUCCAGAUACAUUGUUAGCCUGUCCAUACUAUAAAAAAGAUUUAUUCAUUAUGAAAGAAUGUCCAGAUGUAUAUUUUGUAGGAAAUACAGAAAAAUUUGAAACAAAACUAUGGAAAGGUGAUGAAAAUCAAACAAUUAGACUGAUAUCUGUCCCACGUUUUAGUACCACUCAUACUGCUGUGAUAGUAAGUUUGGAAAAUUUAGAUAUUCAGACCAUUUCUUUUGGUAAUAUUUAA